UGCUUCAUUCCAGCCUCAGUACUCCUCCGUCGAUUGAGGGGACCUCGCGCCUGCCAUGACGUUUUGUCUGCAAAAGGAAAACAUUCCUUAUUUUUAGUAUUUGUUGAUACGUAAACGUGUUUUUACACCGUCCUCCGGUUUCGUAACAUGCAAAAGAAAAAUAUUAGAAAAAAGUGCAAUGCGAAUAUAUGAUGUGUGAUGGUGGAAGCAAGGAGGGCCAAGUGCGGCGAGCCUGUCGGACAAUGGUGAGCGUGACACUGCUGCCGCUCCUGGUGCUGGUGGCUGCUGCUGAUUGCUGUUAUCUUUUCCCCAGCGACGUUCCGGAUCCGUGUCGUGGUGUGACCUGCGGGCCGGGUGCGCUGUGCCGGCCCACGCCCGAUGGCCGCGCGUACAACUGCGAGUGCCCCACGUCGUGCCCCAGCUACGGCGACCACGAGGGCUCGCGACCACUCUGCGCAAGCGACGCCCGAGACUACCCUGGCGACUGUGAGAUGCGCAGAGCUGCCUGCGAAUCAAAUACAAAUAUAACUUUCAAAUAUUACGGUAAAUGCGAUCCUUGCUCUGGAGUUACCUGUCCAGACCCUGAAGUGUGUCAGCUGGACGACCGACGGUCUCCUUCCUGUCGUUGUGCGGAACCCUGUCCCCUCGAGUUCUCCCCAGUCUGCGCCUCCGACGGCAAGACCUAUUCAAACGAGUGUCAGAUGCAUCGGGAGUCCUGUCGAGCCAGGAAGCAAUUGAAGAUUAUAUUUAAAGGACAGUGCAGUUCUGGUGUGAACCCUUGUGCCGAGGUAGAGUGUAGGCACGGUGCGGAGUGUCGUGUGGAGGGAGGCGGUGCAGUGUGUGCUUGUCCACCGCCGUGUGAGCCUGUGCUACGGCCCGUUUGCGGCUCGGACUCACGCACUCACGACAGCGAGUGUGAACUGAGGAGAGCUGCCUGUCUACUGGGAAGGGAACUUCGGGUUCUCCACGCAGGAGCUUGUGGUUCCAACGGCGUGUGUGCUGACCGCGUGUGUCCUCACGGCGGAGAGUGCGUGGCGACGGGCGGUCGUGGUGUGUGUCGGUGUCCACGUUGCUCCAACGAGUUUGCGCCCGUUUGCGGCUCGGACGGGAUCUCGUACGGCAACCGUUGCAAGUUGCAGCUAGAGGCUUGUCGACAUCGGCGGGACGUACAGGUGCUGUACGACGGACCCUGCAACGGGUGUGAAAAUAAGAAGUGCGAGUUCUACGCAGUGUGUGAAAGCGACGGGGUCUCUGAAGCGAGCUGCGUCUGUCCCAAGCAUUGUGAAGAAGGAACUGAAACGGAGGAAGUUUGUGGGACAGAUAACAAAACGUACAGCAGCGUGUGCGCAUUACGUGAUACCGCUUGCAAGGAGAAGAGGCGCAUCCAUAUCAAGCACAUGGGAUCCUGUGAGUCGUGUGCGGAGAUCGUAUGCCCGGCGGGCACAUGGUGUGCCCGGGGUACGUGUGGCUGUCAGGCAGCCUGCGCCGAGGCAGCUCGGGAGCCAGUCUGUGGAGACAACAGGAGGACAUACCCGCACCACUGUGCACUGAGGCGGAGCGCCUGCGAGGCCAAGGCGCGAGGCGAACCACCGCCUCGAGUCGCCUACUACGGCGAGUGUACUGAGCAGGACGAGAAUAAUACUGCAGAUGGUAACCGAUCAUCGAAGUACACGGACUUGAGCAACGAGAUCCGCGCGGGAGACGAGAACGAGAACUCGAGUGAAGCUGUGACCGGCACCGCGGUGUGCGCUCGCGUGCAAUGCGCGUACGAAGCUACGUGUGCUGUCGACUCCAAUGGACAACCACGAUGCGCAUGUCUGUUCGACUGCGCGGCCGCUGCAGCAGCUACGUCGUCGGCUCCAGUGUGUGCGUCGGACCUGAGGCUGUACCCCACUCUAUGCCACAUGAAGCUUGAAGCUUGUCGCAGACAGGAGGAUCUCAGGCUACGACCCCUUCCCGUGUGCCGAGGGUUAGAAUUCAGGCCUUGUGGUGACGAUGAGCCACUGACGGAUGCUGAAGGCAGGCCCAUCGAUUGCGGCGGUGGUCCUCACAGGAAGGACUGUCCAGUCGGUAGCUACUGCCAUCACACUGCUAAAGCUGCCCGGUGCUGCAGGAAAGAUAAAGCAGUAGUCGAGAAGAAAGGUUGCCAGGAGUCGUGGCACGGUUGUUGCGCGGACGGAGUGACUCCGGCUCGAGGGCCGGGUGGUGCCGGAUGCCCCGCCGUGUGCGGCUGCCACCGGCUCGGAUCCGUUAACGAGCAAUGUGACGAAGAAGGACAAUGUGCCUGCCGACCCGGUGUCGGUGGCCAGAAAUGUGACCGCUGCGAACCUGGUUACUGGGGGCUUCCUAGAAUCGGCACCGGACAUACUGGUUGCAUACCUUGCGGUUGCUCUGCGUUCGGAUCAGUACGGGAGGACUGCGAACAGAUGACAGGUCGAUGUGUUUGCAAGCCAGGCAUACAAGGACAGAAGUGUACCGUCUGUUCCAACCACGAACAUACGCUGGGACCUAAUGGCUGUUUUGAUCCGGAAUCUACUCAACUGCCGGCGACCAACUGCGACCACAUGACGUGUUACUUCGGCGCGCACUGCGUGGUCCGCAGCGGGCUGGCCGCGUGCGAGUGUGGCACGGGCGAGUGUCCGCCGGUCGACGGGCCCUCGGUGUGCGGCAGCGACGGCCGCACGUACCUGUCGGCCUGCCACCUGCGCACGCACGCCUGCCGCUCCCAGUCCGACGUCGUGGUGCAAGCCUUCGGCCCCUGCAGCGAGGAGGCGCCCCACGUGCGCCGAGAAAAAACGUACACUCAUUCUAGUAGUGUUAUAGAGAAUAACGUCGAAGGGAACUGUGCCAAAUCUGGCAAAGACAACAACCAGCCCGUCGUUGAAGACGUUGAAGAAGAAUUCGAGUCUAACGAAGUGGAUGACUAUUCAAUGUACGAAGAAUAUUUAGAGGAAAACAACCGCGACAUGUACGAAGUACCAUUGUUCGAUGGGCAAGCGAGACUGACGGCGCGCGCGAGGUUUCCUGCCAAGCGGUUCGACAUUUGGGCUGAGGUUUCUGCCGUUUGCGGUAGAGGCGCAUUAGUGAGUGCUUCCGGUACGAGGGACCAUUUGUGGCUUGGGUUUGUGGAAGAUAGGGCUGUGUUACGGUGGGACGCCGGCAGUGGGCCAUUUGAAUUGCACACCGGAAAGGUUAAAAUUGAGGGGAAAUCCAAAGUAUCUGCGAGGAGGUACAAGAAGGACGGAGUAUUAAAGCUAGGAUCUUCAGUGGCGAGGGGAUCUUCACAUGGACGAAUGAGUUCGUUGGAUGUGGAUCCUUACAUCUACAUCGGUCAUCCUCCGGAGAAUGUUACAAAAUUGUCAGGGGCGUCAGGUAUUCAAGGCUUCGUGGGUUGCAUACACAGGCUGCGAGUGAGUGGACGUGACCUGAUCCCUCCAUCCCGAGGCCUGACCGUCACUUCCUUCGGACUAAAAUCCUGCACUCCGCAUAACUUAGCUCGGGUGGUAUGUCCAUGACGACUUGAAAAUAAUAUGUAUCUAGUAAAUGCAAGAAUUUUAUUAUAUUAUCAACGAUGAAACACAUCGAUUGUUUUGUUUUUAUUUCAAAUAAUUUAUUGCAAGUUACUUAUUACAGCUGUUAAAGUAGUCAUUCAGUAACUGUUAAAUGUUUUAAGAGUUUUAAUGUAUCUAGAGAUUGUAUUGUAAGUAACAUAUUUGAUCUAACUUCACCUGUACUGAGUAUUUCCUACUACUAACUACUAUGCUAUAUCUUGCAAUGUGAUAUUCGUGUAACUUCAUACAGUUUCUAUAGCUGUAACAUAUUGUUAUCUUUGACAUAUCUAAUUCUAUGCAUUUUAUAAUAAAUUAUCUCCUUUUAUAUAAUACAGUUAUUUGAAAUA